UACCUUCACCUGCACAGACAUGGCUCCCUGCUCCACCAACUACUCCUCUAUUCAUCAGAUCAGGAUCUCUGAGAAAGACAACAUUAAAUUAAGAAAACCUGUUGUGGAGAAAAUGCGCAGAGAUCGCAUCAACGUUUGCAUCGAGCAGCUCAAGGCCAUCCUGGAGAAGGAGUUCCAGCAGCAUGAGCCCAACUCCAAGCUGGAGAAAGCAGACAUCCUGGAGAUGACUGUGAGCCUCCUGAGGCAGCAGCUUCAGCCGGGCCUCUGUCAGAGCGACUACAGCCAAGGCUUCUCCGUCGCUCCUCUGCAGGGCUUCCAGCAGCAGCAGCAGCAGCAGCUCCACAGAGCCAGCCGCUCCUCCUCAGUCUGCUCCACCCUCAGGCCCACCAUGCUGCAGGACAGCAGCAGCAGCAAAGGCCCAGUGUGGAGGCCUUGGUAG